AUGCUGCUGGCCGCCGUGCUCAUCGGCAUCGUCUUCUACUGGAUUCAGCCGGCUUACAGUACUACUGAAUGCCUGGAUCGUCCAUGUGCUGAAUGUCGCUAUUAUGUAAAAGUUGAUGAUCCUUGCUUGCACCACGGCACCAAUCCAAUGCUCUAUUGCAAUCCAGAAACUAGCCUCAUGUCGAAAUCCGACACCAAUUUUCUCGAAUGCGUUCGCAAUCGUUGGCUUCUUCGCGAAUGUGUGACCGGCACAUUCUACGAGUCCGGCAAAGGAUGCGUCGAUCCGACACUUCAGCCGUUCAUGCAAGGCUUCUCGGUGUCGGGCUCGGGACGAGUUGGCGACGUGUGCCAGUACAACACCGACUGCCUCGGCGGAAUGUACUGCGCGACGGGUCUGUGCACAUGCCUGAGCACCUACAUUCUAAGGGAGUCCUAUUGCUAUGAGAAAGUGAAUCCGAACCAACCGGGCUGCACCUACGACGUCCAAUGCGAGGCAGUCUGGCCGGGAUCGAAAUGUCGAAUGGACAGCAGCAUCGGAACGUGUAGGUGUCCUGAGGAAACGCACGUGGCCCGCGAAACGAGAGACGGCUGGGUUUGCAUUUCGCUGCGGGACAACGCUUCUGGUGGAACAGCCCCUUUGUACUUCGUGUGUCCGCUUCCAGAAGGCGCUGGCUUCAAAAUUUCGUUGAAUGAUCCGAGUCCUGAAAUGGGGGCCUUCCCUGUCGGAUGUACUGUCGGCUCGUCGGCAACAAUCGAGCCAGUGCAGGGAUUGCAUGGCGGCGGCGCGUGCAUGUGGCCAGCCGACGGCGAGUUCAUCGGUGAUAUCUAUGAUUGCAUUCAUACGAGUCCACACAUCACGCUCGCCGAGAAAUUCCCGCAAUCGAAUUACGCGCCGACAGCCGAUGGCGUGUGUUGUCCGAGUCGCGCGCUCGCCUGCAUUCAGCCGCAGCUCACCGGCCCGAAUCCGUCGGAGCCGAGAUGGUGGUACAAUUCGGUGACCGGCACCUGUCAGCAGUUCAUGUGGGACGCCACCGCCAGCGAGGCGCGCUAUCACAGCGCCAACAACUUCAAGACAAUUCAACAUUGCGAGUCGUACUGUCGAGACACGUGUCAGCGAGGCUCACCACAGUACUCCACCGAAGCGCAAGCGCAUCAGGAGCGUGCCAUCACCUCAUGCGCGGCAUCGGUGUCAUGCGCCAAUGACUUCCAGUGCACUGCCAUCGGCAGUCAGCACCUGUGUUGCCCGACACCGGGUUCGGUGUGCUCGGCGAAAGGCGGCCGCCAUCUCGACUUGCAGCCAAGAAGCUCGAUCUUCCAUCCAGGCUUCCUCGUCUACACCGGCAAAGAAAGUAUUCGAUUCUACUACGAUCCAGGCACUGGCAGAUGCCAGGAUUUCGUCUACAAGGGCUCCGGCGGAAAUUACAACAACUUCUUGUCGAAACAUGAGUGCGAGAUGUACUGCGCCAGACUACAAUGCGAACGUGGAUCUCCGUUGAGGAUCGGCGAAGAGUCGCAGAGAUGUCAGAACAACGCGCAGUGUCCGUCGUCGCAUGAAUGCAAAGCCGAUCAGGGCGUGUGCUGUCCGAGGAAACAGACGAUUUGCGCGCAACCAUUGAGAAUCGGCGAUUGCACGGAGAACGUGAAACGCUAUUGGUACAACGCGAAGACGCGCCAAUGCCAGAUGUUCGAGUACACCGGCUGUCAGGGCAACGACAACAAUUUCGACACGAUUCUCGAUUGUCAGAAUUUCUGCAAAAACGCGAUACCUGAGCCGAAGUGCAUUCAAGGACAAGCUUAUAAGGAUAUGUUUGGCAAUUUUGUCACAUGCACGAAUGGAAUGGGCUGCCCGGCCAACUAUGAGUGUUAUUACGAUGGAAGCCAGUGGGGUUGCUGUCCGACGAAAUCGUACACUUGCUCGCUGAAUCCAGACUCUGGCAUCCAGUGUGGCGCUGGAAGCACCUUCAAAUACUACUAUAAUCCGCAGACGCAGAACUGCGAGUCGUUCCAGUACAAUGGAUGCGAUGGAAACUCGAACAACUUUGCGAGUCGCGACGCGUGCGAACAGUACUGUAGUGUUGGUGGAUGUCCGAACGGCGGCACGCCGAUGAGAGACCAUUCUGGAAUGGUGAUGGUGUGCGGCGGACAGCAAUCGACAUGUCCCGACUCGCACGAGUGUGUGCCGGUGUUGGCGGGAAACUCGAUGAUCAACCGAUGCUGUCCAACGAGAGCUUACAUGUGCGGCCUUCCACCCCAACAGGGCACCCAGUGCGGCGCGAAUUUCGUUCAGCGCUAUUACUUCAACAUCGUCACCGGCCAGUGCACGUCGUUCCAGUUCGGCGGUUGCGACGGCAACGCGAACAACUUCCUCAACAUUCAGCAGUGCCGCAAUUUCUGUAUGAGCAACGCGUGUCCGGCGGGCAAUGUUGCCUACGUGGAUCCGAACUCGCAAAUGCCGAUCAAUUGCAACGAGGCGCUCAGUAAUAGUUGCCCGGCCGGCUAUUCGUGCACGUUCAAUCCGCUCAUCAAUAAUCACGUGUGCUGCGGCGCCACCGAUUCCGGCGUGUGUCCGGACGGCGAGAAGGCCUUCAUUGACACCAUCGACAUGUCGCCGAGGGAGUGUCUGAUUAACAUGGAAGCCUCGUGCCCGUCAAGCUACCUCUGUCGGUUCAACAUGCAAAAGAACAAAUACUAUUGUUGCACCAAUAUUCAAGGAAAAACGUGUCCGAUUGGCAAGUUCCUGUUCAAAGAGACGCGAACGGGCCAGCCGAUUCGGUGCACGAUCGGAAGGAAUGACCAGUGUCCGGACAAUUACUCGUGCCAGAGCUAUUUGCCGAACGCCUUUCAGGGAUUCUGCUGCACUGCCAACUCGGUGUGUCCCGACAACGCCGACUAUCUCAUUGACGAUCAGUCGCAGCAGCCAAGAGCGUGCACAAUGGGCACAUUCGUGUCAUGCCCCAAUGGGUACACGUGCCGAUCAUCGACAUCAAGCUCCGACGGAUUCUGCUGCAAAUCGGGAACCGGAUCGUUGCCGCCGUCGGUCUCCGACGGUUGCCCGCCUAAUAACUAUGUGUACAUGGUGGCCGGUGAAAUCGCCCAGUGCGAUCCGUUCAAUCCGCCGAACGCGCCAUGCCCGCCGGCGUUCACCUGCCAGUGGUCGCUGUCGAACCAGCGAUACCAGUGCUGCGGCUCGAAUCCGGCGCCGGCUCCGGUGCGCACCAGCGACGGCUGUCCGAACGCGCAGGUCGCCUUCAGAGACCUGGACACUGUAAGAGUGUGCAGUGCAGGCGCCGCCAAUUGUCCAGCCGGCUACUUCUGUCAAUUCUCCAGCGCCAACAACCAGUUCCAGUGUUGCGGUGUGUCUGGCGGCUGUCCGGAAGACAGUGUCGCGUUUGUGGGAAUGUCCGGCGAGCCGGAGAAAUGCGUCGUCGGUCAGUCGAACUGUCCGAAGGGAUUCGCUUGCCAGCGAUCCGUUGCCGGACACCAUGUGUGCUGCACAGUGCGACAGGUGACGUGUGAGCCGAAUGAGGUGGUCAUCGAAGGCGCCUGCUAUCCGCAAGUCCCGCCGGGAAAGCCCUGCUUCGGAAACGAACAGUGCACUGGUGGAUCGGUGUGCGAUGAAGGCACGUGCGCGUGCAAAGCGCCGCUCAAACUAAUCGGUGGAUUCUGCCAAGAGGAGAUUCAAUGCUCACCUAAUCAGAUUCUGCACAAUGGUUUGUGCCACAACAAAGUCGGACUUGGAGAAGCUUGCCUGAUAGUGAAACAAUGCCAAGAAGGGGCUGGAUGCAUUGACGGCACUUGUGAAUGCAAAAAAGGCUUCAUCGAGAAGGCUGGCAAGUGUCUUUCGCAGUCUGACAAGAAGAAGAGUCUUCCGUCAUCCGGCAGCAAGGUGGCAACCGGUGCGACGUGUUCCAAGGCUGGCUGGAAUCCAUUGAUCGAUGAGCACACUGAACGCCCGAAGCAUUGCAGUCCGAUUGGUCGAGCUUGUCCGCAGGGUUAUGAGUGUCAGAUCAACAAUCGCCGAACGCAGUACCUGUGCUGCGCGCCAGCUGAUGGAUCGUCGACAACGAGCACCACUACAGAGAGGGCGACGACUAAGAAGCUGGGAGCCAGGGUCUGCCCGUCUGGUCGCACCCCAUAUUUGUUGAACGGCGCCCCGCAAAAAUGCACAGUGUCGCGGUGUCCAGCUGGCUACGAGUGCACCUACCGCAACAAUGGCUAUCAUUGCUGCUCGAUAGUCAAUAAGCCAACGCCAGGUACUGUAACUGGUACUGCCGGCGCCAAGUCGACACCAGCGGCAGAAGAAAAAUGUCCGCGAGGCAAUCCGCUCAUCUAUCCGACGACGAGCUCGCCAGUGCUGUGCCAACCGGGCAAACGCGGAUGUCCAGUGGGAUUCGGCUGUAUGCAGAGCAGCACGACAGCGAACUACAUUUGCUGUCCGGCUAGGCAUUCCGACAAACCCGAAGGAUUCGGCCUCGGCGCGUAUUAUAGUCGAGGGCCGCCAGCGGCAGUGAACCCGUGCGAGGGCUACAUGGUGCUAGUGACGCGUGUCGUCAACGGAAGAGUCGAGAAACGAUGCGAAAGAAGCUGUCCGUAUCCUCAAAUUCCAAUUGGCGGUGUUUGCUAUGAGAUGAAGCAGAAAUCGAAAAAGGCGAAAGUUUAG